AUGGAUCAUAGUUGGAUGAGAGCUAAUCGAUUAAGUGCUGAGUACGAACAUGGAGUGAUGGAAUUUCUACAAUUUGCUGAAUGUAAUGCUAAAAAAGAUCUUCCUCCUCCUAAAAGUAAUGCUGAAAAAAGUCUUCCUACGCUUUUUCUCUGUCCAUGUGUUCGUUGUGCAAAUCAAGAACCAAAACUUAGUAAGAAAGAAAUCAUGGAUCAUCUAAUUUGUGAAGGGAUUUGUCAAAGUUAUACACAAUGGAUAUGGCACGGUGAAGUAGUAGCAAAGUCAAAUGUGUCCCAAAGAGAUAAUGUUAGUGUAGAAAUGAAUGAUCGUCUGGAAGACAUGAUGCAUGAUAUUGGACAAGAUUCGUUUAAGAGGGCACAUGCGUAUGAUAGUUUAUGCAUUGACAAGGAUACACCUUUGUACCCGGGAUGCACAAAUUUUACACGUUUGCCAGCCGUGUUAAAGUUGUUUAAUCUGAAGGCAAUUAACAGGUGGAAUGACAAAAGUUUUACCGAAUUGUUUGAAUUGUUGACACAAAUGCUUCCAGAAGGUAACAUACUACCAAGUCGUUAUUACGAGGCGAAGAAAAUAUUGUGUCCGAUGGGUUUAGAGUAUGAAAAGAUACAUGCAUGCCCUAAUGAUUGCAUACUAUACAGAAAAGAGUAUGUAAACUAUAACCAUUGUCCGAAGUGUAAGGCGUCACGCUACAAAAAGAGACAUGGUGAAUCUAGUGAUGAUGAGAUCAAAAAGGGUCCUCCCGCAAAAGUGGUAUGGUACCUACCAAUAAUUUCAAGGUUCAAGAAAUUAUUAGCUAAUGCAGAAGAUUCAAAGAAUCUUAGAUGGCAUGCAGAAGAAAGAAAAUGUGAUGGACAAAUUCGCUAUGUAGCUGAUUCUUUGCAAUGGAAGAAAAUAGAUUCUUUGUUUCCAAAUUUUGGUAAAGAGUCGAGAAACCUUAUACUUGGACUUUCUACUGAUGGAAUGAAUCAGUUUGGCCCAAAACAACAAGGAAAUGACAUAGAUGUUUAUCUAAGUCCACUGAUCGAUGAUUUAAAAGUUUUAUGGGAGGAAUGGGUGGAUGUUUUUGAUGCGCAUUCUGGUGAACAGUUCAAUAUGUGUGCCAUGUUGUUUUGCACCAUCAAUGAUUUUCCGGCAUAUGGCAAUUUGUUUGGAUUAUGGAAAGCUUUCAAUGGGGAACAAGAGCAUGGUGUUGCUCCAAAGCCCUUAAUUGGAGAGGAAGUUUAUCAACGACAACAGGGCAUUACCGCUGUCUUUGGAAAGUACCAAAAGCGAUCUAUUGUGAAAAAUAUAUGGAAAAAGUGGUCGGUUUUCUUUGAUCUUCCAUAUUGA